UACAAUUUCCGUAGAAAAUCUCAUCUUUUGUUUUCUGUUCAGAUUUUCUGUCUAGUUUCAUAGUUCUUUUUCUAGUUUUAUCUCUUACACAGUCCGUAGAUUUUGAAUUGCAGGCUUAGUUAGCUAUUACAGAGAGGUUCAAAAUGAUGAAUAUAGCUUUAAGACCGACGUUGUUUCUCUUUCUAUUGCUUUCUCUUUUUCUUUUAUGCUCUGCUCAGUCUUCGUGUUCAACUUACACUUUCUCCGGUAACCGAGUCUUCACUUCAUGCAACGAUCUUCCCGUUUUGAACUCCUUCCUUCACUGGAACUACGAACAAUCUUCACAGAGGAUUGACGUUGCAUAUCGGCACACCGGGACUACGACUUCAAGAUGGUUUGCUUGGGCCAUCAACCCAACUUCCACCGGCAUGGCUGGCUCUCAGGCGUUCGUUGCUUACCGGCGUAAUGAUGGCAAGGUUAUGGCUUACACCUCUCCCAUAACCAGUUACGGGACUCAAUUACAGCAGGAAAAUCUCAGCUUUCCAGUCUACAACAUCUCUGCACAGUUUACAGACAAUGAGACGGUGAUUUUUGCAACUCUGAAACUUCCAGGCAACACAACCAGUCUGAACCAGGUUUGGCAAGAGGGCCCACUUCUGGACAACAAACCUGGGCCUCAUUCUUUUUCUGGAGACAAUCUCAGAUCAAUGGGUACCCUGAAUUUCUCGUCAGGCCAAACAAUCAUGAGGAGAGGAAGGGAUUCAAGAGAGGUAUUGAAAAUAGUUCAUGGAGUUGUAAAUGCAGUGACAUGGGGUACCAUGAUGCCCAUGGGCGCCAUGAUAGCUAGGUACAUGAAGGUUUUUCAGUCUGCAGACCCACUUUGGUUUUACUUGCAUGUUAGCUGCCAGAUUUCAGCCUACAUUAUUGGUGUUGGAGGAUGGGUGAGCGGCCUCGUACUUGGGAGCAAAUCUCCUGGAAUACAGUACAGCGCCCACAGGUACAUCGGCAUUGUUCUGUUUUGCCUUGGAAUGCUUCAGGCAUUUGCGCUGAAGCUGCGGCCAAAGAAGGAUCACAGGUACCGAUUCUUAUGGAACAUAUACCACCAUGUGUGCGGGUACAGCACCAUUGUGUUGAGCAUUGUCAAUGUGUUCAAAGGAUUAGAGACUUUGGGUGCUGGUCAGAAGUGGAAGUUUGCGUACGCUGGUGUCAUUGCUACAUUGGGCGCCAUUGCUUUGGGGUUGGAGUGUAUUACUUGGUACAUAGUUCGGAGAAGGAGGGCCAAGUGCUCUGAUGAGUCUCUCAAUAACACCAAAGUGGCAAAAGGGGUGGAAAGAUUUAUGUCUAAUUCUGAAAAAGUGUAAAUAGAGAAGAGGAAGGCUUGUUUGUUAUUUGUAUAUGCACAGACCACGGUAUAUGUUAAAUGCUUUUAUUUGGUUUCCAAUACAAAAUUCAUUUAUUCUUUUAUUUUGAACAUUCUCUAUCAAAUCAUUAUCUCUCUUUAUUGUUUGGUAUUUUCAUUCAYUUUUUAAUUUGGGAAAUUUCAAUUCCUCUUCCCCGCUUUCCCAUGUUUGAGAAUUAAGCUCGACCACAGGAUUUUAUCUCCUCCACCCUCUAAAACUAAAAUUCUUUUUUUUUUGGUAAACCUGCUUCUUCAUUAAAUAACAACUACACAGAAAAAACACAGAAAGAACAGAGGAGUUGACAAGGACAGUCAAUUAAAUCUUCCUUAAAAACCUGAGGAAAACAUGAAGGAGAACAAUCAUCCAACUGAGCAUUGGACUUGAAACCCAUCAUAGCAAGGUUAUGGGAGGUUUGGGUUUUAUAGAACGAAGAUUUACAAACAAGGCCCCCUUAGUAAGUGGUUUGAUGCUUGAGUUUCUACUUCAGUCUCUGAUUUUUUUAGGUUCCCAAAUUUGCUUCUYCAUUAUAUCUCUUGGAACAGUUUGUAAUCUUGGGUUUUUAAGGUUCCCAAAUAUUGGACUGACAAGAAUGAGAAUGUUGAUUUGGGUCUUAGAGUGACAACUAAGAAAAAAUGUUCCGUAGGUACGUAUCCAAUCUACCCCUCCCAAUUCCCCAGAUGGCUGGGACUGACAUUGGGAAAUUGCGUUUAGUAAGUGGUGGGUGGAAUCCUAGUCUGGUUACAUCCAUUAAUGUUAGAUAAGUUUGGAAAGGAAUUGAGGAAUCCUUCUACACUUUCAUUUCAGGUAGAGAUGGUUCAUAUUUGGAAACUGGAUAGUUCUGUAAUUAGCUGUUUGACUAGCUUAUCUGGUCAGGUUUACAGAACAUUGGUAUUGAGGUAGAGUAGCAUUUCAUUUUGUUUAACGACCAAAGUCCUAAUCUUGUUAGACCAUAAUCUUCCUUUUUUUCUUAUCUCUUCUCAACAUUUAGUGCCUACAAACCAUGAUUCAUGAACAAAUAAAUUCAGUAAAUGGAAACUGCAAAUAUAUGAUAAAAAACAAACAGUUGCUUCAGUUCUAGUUUUAUGAACAAAUAAAAAGUAGCUUUACUUAUGGUUUAUUGAACCUCAAUGUGUUUUUUCUUUUGGUUUUGUUUGAUUGCCAACUACAUACUAGCAUCAAUUCCUUUCAUAUCAUUAUCAUCAUCCAUCCCUUGGACAAACAAUAAUGCACUUUACUUUUUCUUUGGUAAAUAAACAAAGGAUUUCAUUAAACCCAGAAGUGAAGAACAGAAAUGAUACAAAUCAAAUCCAACAAUAGAAAAGAAAGAAAACUAAAGAAAAACAAGAACUAAGAUAAAAUACWAGGGCAAUCAGCAGCUAGUGCUCUUCAAGCCAGGGAGGGCAUUCGUUCACCCAUUCUUGAGAAAGCACGAAACCCAUAGAGGCUACCAGAUGAGCUGCCCCCUUCCUUGACCUAGGCACAAAGGAAAAAGACAAGGCCAGGUGCUUCACAAGCUCAAGAACCAGCUAAGCAGCUAAGAUUGUCAAGAACCAGCUGAACACUAACUUUCACACCCUAGCAAAAGAGAUGUUCAGCUAAGCAGCUAAGGAUCAUCUUUUGUUUUGUAUCUGGCUGAAUACCAAGAACUCGUAAAAGUCCUAAACAUCCAUGCAAUCACAACUUGGGAGUUACCCUACAAAAUCAUCAAGGACAGACCUUGACUGACAAGAGACUUACCUCCWAUUCAGAUGGCCAGAAGGAACAGAAUUUUCCAAAGAACAACAAUCAGGAAUUGCCCAAGUAUCACCUUUGACCCAAAGUAUGCCCUAUAGAAUAUUUGAUAUCAUUUCCUUUUUACACAAGCCACCUCUUACAAACCUACAAUUUUGGAACCCAUCAAAAAAUAAUAUGUGAAUCAUUUUCUAAUUGUAUUUUGGCAUACAGAUUAGAGAAAACAGAAAACUACUGGUGGUAACUCACAGGGCUAAUAAUUCCUGACACGGUCAAGUAAGCAACUACUCAUAGCUUGAUGUUUGCAGCAAACCCCAGAUAAACAAGACAAAGAAUCUAUUCAACGAGAUAAAAACAAAAAGAWCAAAAUAUAGGAGGUCCUAUAAACACUUAGAUAAAUAAGGGAAAUUUAAAACCUUCCAAGAAAAACAAGUAAAUCACCUUGUCCCCAAACAAAGAAAAAAAGAUCAAUGAGAAUGCAGUAGUGAUGCCUGACUUUGCUAUUGCUGCUAAGAGUGAUGAAGGUCCUCCACUCACAAAGGCAAUCAGUGAAAAGGCUAAGGCACAUGCAAGCAGAACAAUUGCUAUAGAUACUGGAUAAGGAAUCUCCUUACAGGAUUUAACACUGUCAAAUCAUGAAAUAUAUGUAUGAGCUUGAUUUAAAUUGGGCAAUUGAUGUCUAUAGCACCAGACUAUAGCAUAAUGUUCAAUCAAUGGAUUUACACUAUCAGUAAAUCUAUAGAAA